GGCCGAAAGUCACCGACGAGCUGCAGAGGAUCGCAUCGUCUGUUAUGGUACGAAUAGGCGUCCGUGACAACAGCUUGGUUACUUUUGAAUCACAUGUACUUAUCUUCUCAAACUUCUUACGAUCAUCUGAGAGACAGUUUGCAUUUGGAAAACUCACAGCAUUUAAAAAAAUGGACAAGCAAGAAAUUAAAGUUGUUAAGAUUAAAAUUAAAAUUAAAAUCAAAGUUAAAAUAACACCUAAGGAAGGGGGAACUUUUUCCCCAAAAAAUGAGGCACUGGAGAAGAACAUCGGCGAGAGGGUGGACAUGGUGAAGAUCAUUAAGAAGGAUGACACGGACAAGCCCGGAUCGACAUGGAGGGUGUCUUACAUACCGAAGACUGGAACCGAAGAAAGUUUCCGUGGCCAGAGGAGUCGUCCAUGGAGCGCGAGGGACAGGCCAGCCCCCCUGGAGGAAGCAGGAGCGACCAGGAAGAGGCCCCAGCUGAAGUUCCUCCAUCGGACAGACAGCAACGGCUCCUGCGCCCUGCGAGCAGAGAGAGGCCAGGGGCAGCGUCAGCCAUCGGUGGAGCAGCAACUCCAGACAAGAAUACAUGGACUUAUGGGUUAUGGCCAGGGACGGAGGAAGGACAGAGACAUUGUUCCUGACGGACUUGUGGGUUAUGGCCGGGGUAGGAAGGAUAAUAGAGAUACUGUUUAAGUAUUAUUAUAGAUGUCAGAUAGGAUAGGAUGAGAUAGGCUAAGUUAACAUAUGAUAAGUUAAAAUACAAUAAGAUAGACAAUAAGUUAAAAUAUCAUAUGAUAGGCUAAGUUAAAAUAAGAUAAGAGCUUUACAAUAAAACAUAUACUUACUUUUCAAA